UUGUUAGGCAUUCUUUGUCAUUCAACGACUGUUUCGUGAAGGUGCCUAGGACCCCUGACAAACCGGGAAAGGGGAGUUUUUGGUCCCUUCACCCCGACAGCGGGAAUAUGUUUGAGAACGGUUGCUACCUCCGUCGUCAGAAGAGGUUUAAGAUCCCUCGCUCCGACAAGGACUCUGGCAGAUCCCGGAAAGAAGGUCGGAGCAGGAACAAUAAUCACAGUUCAGAUUCAUCAGCUGAUCAUGAUAUUAAGAAACCCAGUCUAAAAUCCUCCGACAUGUUUGGCGGAGGUUUGCCGCCACUCUCCGGUCCAGGAACGAUGGCGGCAGAUGAUAUAGGAAUGCCGCCAACAAAGCUGGAAAAGCAUGAUUACAAGUAUAGUCUGCACGACAAGUAUGGAGUCGACCCAGGAGAUAUUGGAGGAACCGACCAUCUAGUACUGCCUGCUGCCCCUCUAGGAAAACACGACCACUACGGCUCCGAUCCUAUCUCCGAGGAUAAAUAUCAGACCCCUGACAUGUCCCACCUCUCCCCUGUAUCCGACCUACACGCUAGAUACGCCCUACCUGAGGGGCUACUAGGACUCCGCCCCCCAGAUCCAUCCCAGUACAGCACAAACAAUCCGUUCUCAAUUAACCGGCUCCUCCCCCCUGGACCCGGAUCUCCGAUGCAUCCCGGAUUAUCUAAAUCAGAACUCCACUACGGGGAGUACUCGCUACACAACCAUGCACUCCAUCAUGAGUCGAUGUACUACUCCCCCCCUGUAUACCAGCAGGGAUGGCCGGUCAUUCGCUCCCUGCCUUCCUCUCAGGUUAACUCUCCUUCUGUGACGUCACACUUAUGACCACUUGCCUCCGGCCCCAUGUAUUAAGCGUGUUUAUCAGCUGAUUCAAGAUGGCGAACGAGCUAACUGAAUAAAAUGCGGGAAAACGCUAAAUCAACAGGGCGCCAUGUUUAUCUGUAAAUGAAUGACAACGGUCGAUAUGACAUUAAUCAAACAAAGUGCAAAUAUUUUGGUUAAACAAUGAACAAUGAACAAAGAGGACCAAUUUUAGAAUCAAAUGGGACCCAAGAUAAACGAUGGGCGAAACUAGAGUGAAAUCAACUUUUUGUGAACGAAGAAAAAUUAAAUUAAAGUUGUAGAAAAUUAUUUCGAAUCUUGUGCCAUACAGUUCAUUUCAACACCAAUUAGAGCUUGUUUUUAAUACUUUAGCAACACGAAUGUAAUCUAUUAUUUAAUAUGUAAAACUGUUAACAUUUCAAUGCCCAUGUAUUUUUAUUAAUCUUGUCUAAAAAAGGUUGUUUUUAAAUCCCUUAUAAUUUUUGUGAUAAUGGACACAGCUAACGUUUCUAAUUAUAAUUAGAUAAUUAAAAAAUAGUAUCGUUGAUUGUUAUAUAUUUUGCGUUUUUACAGGGUUGGCAGGUUUGAUUUAUAUACACUAUAACUAACAUUUACUAAUUUCAUAAAAAAGGAGAGAUAUCGUGAACUGAAGAAACCUGCCCACACUCUCUUAUUUAAAAUCUUGGUGUGAAACUAAUCAGUUCAAUUCUAUACUAUUUGUCAAAAUUUAUUCCUUGUGUAUAUUCUAUGUGUUUUGGGAAAAAAACAUACACUUUCAAAUCUCAAGAUUUUUUUGAAAAAAAGGGGUCAUGCAGAACCCCCCUCCCCUCCUCCUUUAAGC